AUGGCUAGAAAUGGCAUGGGUGCUACAUUGCAAAGGCCAUUAUACGCCUCCCCACUAGCUGAGUUUAUCCUCCAUGCAGAGGCACCCAAGGGGAUGAAAGUGCCUAAAUACACUAAAUUUGGGGGAGAGUCUGAAUUGUCUAGUAUCAAGAGAAGGUUUGCUGAGAGCAUUGAUGAUUAUCUGAAUCGUUUUAGGUCCUUAAAGGCUAGGUGUUUCACCCAAGUGCCAGAACAUGAACUAGUUCAAAUGGCCGCAGGAGGUUUAGAGUAUUCCAUUAGGAAGAAGAUAGAUCCAACUUUUGUGAAAAGUAUGUCACAAUUGGCUGAUAGAGUCCGACAUCUAGAACGGCUAAGGCUAGAAAAAGUUAGGCACAAUAAGUCUAAGAAAGAAAAGGUAGCGUUUGUCGAAUACGAUGCGACAGACCCAAUACGUGAGGCUGAUUAUGCUUCAUCGACCGAAUUAGAAAUCGACGUGGCUGAACUAAAUCCAGGGUCCGCCUAUGAGUGUCGAUCAUUGCUGCCUGCGCAAGGAAAAAAUCCUGUCGAACACAACCCAAAAUUCCCUUCGAAAACUUAUACUUUCGAUGUGUCGAAGUGCGAGGAAAUUUUUGACUUAUUGGUCAAAGAUGGGCAAAUGGUGAAAUCGAUUCAAGAAGGAAGGAUGAAAUUUAUUGGCCGCAGAAUGAAGAUCGACGUUGAUCCUCUUCACCAGGAGGAAGCCCUAUUCGUGGAGCCAGUCGAGAUCAACAUGGUUGAGAUCACCGAAUAUGAUGAGGCCAACAUGCUGGAGCAAACUGGGGAAAGCCCAGAUGUCGAUAUAACUGAAGUUUACCCAAGGGCUGAUGAAGACUUGGUGGAUUUUCUGUAUCGUUGCAAGAACAAGGGUUCACAGGUGUGCCUGUGA